CUGCACAAGGCCCUGUGGGAAGGUAAAUACUGGAGGGCGAAGCUGUUACUAGACCUCGGAGCCGACAUCGAGGCGAGGCUGAAUCAAGUGAGUCCGCCGGAUCGCACGCCGCUCAUGCGGGGCGCCGACCGCGCGCGGAGUUGCCCCGCGGAACGAGUACCCGUGCAGCUGGCCUUGCUUCGUCUCCUCUUGAGCCGCGGCGCCGAUCUGCGCGCGAAGGACCGGUACGGGCACACGGCUAUCCAGAUUGCCGGACUGGGAACGCCCGCGCGCGCCCUGCUCUCGGACGUCAAGGCCGCGGGCGGGUGGCGGUCCUACGUCCACCGCGAUCGUCUACGCUUGCUCGUGCUCCGCGUGCUCUGCGAGAAGGGUCGCGCCUCGACGAGCGACGGCCCCCUCGCGCGCCUCUUUCCGCCACAGGCGCCCGACGACGACGCAACCGUCGAAGCCUCAGCGGCUCUGAACCGGGACGCGUUUCGCCACGUCCUUUCUUUCUGGCCGCCGCUUCCCGACUUGCUCGGGGCUCCUCCCAAGCGCUUCCCAUACACUUAA